CCUCCGCGGCAGGCUCUCGAAGGCUGGGUAGUUCGUCAUGGCGGGAUCUGGGUCCGCCACUGUGUCCGGGGCAGGGACCCCGGUAGCGGGGCCCACAGGCCGCGACCUCUUUGCUGAAGGGCUUCUAGAGUUCCUGCGGCCGGCUGUGCAGCAACUUGACUCCCACGUCCACGCGGUCAGAGAGAGCCAGGUAGAGCUCCGGGAACAAAUUGACAAUCUCGCUACGGAACUGUGCCGCAUCAAUGAGGAUCAGAAAGUGGCCCUGGACCUGGACCCCUAUGUUAAGAAGCUGCUUAAUGCCAGACGACGUGUUGUCUUGGUCAACAACAUUCUACAGAAUGCCCAGGAACGGCUGAGGCGGCUAAACCACAAUGUUGCCAAGGAAACUGCCCGCAGGAGGGCAAUGCUGGAUUCAGGAGUUUAUCCUCCUGGCUCCCCAAGCAAGUAACAGAAGGUGAGAGCUGUGACCCGAGUAGCACAAGUACUGUUCCCCAGCUGCCAUGUUUCAAGACAAGAAGAUUCCAGAAAACAUUCUGUUCAUCGUGGGACACCAGAAAGGCAGCUCUGUUGUUUCUUUUGAAGCACUUAUUUAUGUAGUGAUCCUAAGAACCUUCUGCACAGCAGGACUCAGGCUCUGAAAGGACUAUAUUAGUUCUUCCUUCCAAAAAUGAACAUGUACAUUUUUAAGCAAGCUACAUAUUCACCUUUUUACAUGCUAUCGUUAACCAGAUUGGAGCAUCCUGUUAGCAUGCCUAGUUCCUUGGACUUGGGCAGCAUAUCCUUUACCUGUGAUUCCUUUCCUCAUUUACAGUGGAGAAAGGCAGAGUCAAGGUAAAUAACAUCAGUCCACCUUCUUCUGUUGAUUGCACUGGCUUGAAUACAGAAUUGCUAGAACCAUUUAAUUCAAUAAAUGCUUAUAGUAUUCUAGUUUAGUAAUA